AUUGCUUUCGUGGUACGAUAGAAUUGUGAACAGUCAAUUCAAUACUUAAAGAAAAGAGGUCAAGUUGUCAUUCACAGAGUGGGUUUAACAGUACAGCACUACAGCAGAGGAGUAUACUGUAGUCAGAGAAAACAGAAUAAACUCUGAGUUUCAGACCGACCAAUUUCUCUGUAAUGCCCGGCGUGCUGGAAAAUUGAACCUUUCUCACCGGGAGAACUUCAGGGCAGCAUGGGAGUGUACUAGAUCCUUCUGCUCAGGAUGAUUUCUGGGUUUUGAGGAGCAGAAGUUUGUGUUCAAAAAAACAAACUUUUUUACUGAGGUUAAGAGCUGAAAUUGUGGUAAAAUUAGCAGCUUUCCCAAAUCCCAGUUUUGAUUCUCAGGAAUCCUUCUAAGUGAGAUAAUUUAUGGUGUGAUGGGUGUGGCUUUGUGGAGAUUGCUGUCUCACUGAUGUGCCAGUGUUUAUUAUAUUGUGAAACCCAUUGUAGAAAACAUAUAGGAUAUCUUUAACACUACCUUGUUCUGUCAUGAGGUAGAAUUGCAGCUUCCAUACUUGUCUUUGUUCAUUUUAUUUGUCCAUAAGUUUUCCUUUCCUUAGCUGAAUUCCAUUUGGAUGUGAGGAAUUAACUAUGUCUUUAAUUUCAGAAAAGAGUAUGGUUCCAUCAAGAUUUCUUUCAUGCCUAAUAGCCAUAUCUUUGUUUCUUAUAAUCACCUCUUCUUUGGCCCUCCUUCAUUUCAAUACCAGUUCUUUCCUACCCAGAUCAGUUUUCCAGUUAAUUCUCGUUAACAAUAGUACUUCGGGUUUUUGGAAUUCAAACAUUAGUGGUGGGGAAAUUGGAACGCCUUUGUUUCCUUCUGAAAAUGUUAAAAACUCAGAGGCGGUUCGCUCGACCCCCUCUUCCAAUAACAGCCUGGGUAGUCAAGAACCUAAUAGAAAGUGUGAAGUGAAUCGGGCUCUUCUUCGAGUUUAUAUGUAUGACCUGCCUCCUGAAUUUCACUUUGGGCUGUUAGGUUGGAAGGGAAGUAAGGACAAAAUGUGGCCUAAUGUCAAUGAACCAAGCCAAAUUCCACGAUAUCCUGGUGGCUUAAACUUACAGCAUAGCAUAGAAUAUUGGCUCACACUUGACCUAUUAUCAUCGAAUAUCCCAACUAUUGCUAGGCCAUGCACGGCUGUCAGAGUGCAAAAUUCAACUGAAGCGAACGUCAUAUUUGUGCCGUUUUUUGCUUCUCUGAGUUACAAUCGGCAUUCUAAGAUUCAAGAAAAGGAAAAGAUCAGUACUGACAGGCUGCUGCAGAAGAAACUGGUUGAAUUCUUGAAAAGUCGGGAUGAAUGGAAGCGAUUUGGGGGUAGGGAUCAUCUGGUUGUGGCUCACCAUCCCAAUAGUAUGUUGGUUGCGAGGAAGAGCCUGGGUUCUGCCAUGUUUGUACUUGCAGAUUUUGGAAGAUAUCCAGUCGAGAUAGCAAAUAUUGAAAAGGAUGUCAUUGCUCCUUACAAACACAUGGUAAAGACUAUAGGUGCUGGGAAUUCACGCUCGUUUAAAGAGCGACCUAUACUGAUCUAUUUUCAAGGAGAGAUAUACAGAAAAGAUGGUGGAGCUAUUCGUCAAGAUUUAUACUACCUUCUCAAAGAUGAGAAAGGCGUGCACUUCAAGUUUGGAAGUACUCAAUCAAAUGGUGUUGUCUCGGCUAGCCAAGGAAUGUCUUCAUCAAAAUUCUGUCUGAAUAUUGCCGGGGACACUCCCUCCUCGAAUCGACUCUUUGAUGCCAUUGCUAGUCACUGUGUCCCGGUGAUAAUUAGCGAUGAGAUUGAGCUGCCAUAUGAAGACGUCCUUGAUUAUUCUGAAUUCUGCAUUUUUGUCCGAGCUUCGGAUGCUGUAAGGAAGGAUUACCUUCUGAAUCUUCUUGGAGGAAUCCGAGAAGACAAGUGGACCAAAAUGUGGAAAAGGCUAAAAGAGCUCACCAUACAUUUUGAAUACCAGUACCCAUCCCAACAUAACGACGCUGUGGAUAUGAUUUGGCAGGCAGUUUCAAGAAAGAUAUAUUCUAUACAACUGAAGGCUCAUCAUGAUAACAGAUACCAUAGAUCAGAGCUCUUUUUAAAGAAACAAUGAUGAACGUUCCAAAGAUUGUAUUAUCUAUGACAGAUAUCAGCUCCAGGUUAGGCUUUACCUUAUAGAACACUAUCAUCUGUAUUUUUAUUACCAUUACUAGACUCUAGUAAAAGAAAUUAAAAAUAAAAGUAAAAAUUCUUAUUAUGAAGCUUAAAUAUGACUUUUCUGCUUUAGCA